ACAUGAGACAGAAUGAAGAGCCAAUGAGAUUAAAGAUCACAGAUUUGCUGCUUCAACAGACAGUUUGACUCUUUGAGCGAACUUUAAACGAAUCACCUUGAGAAUUAGAUAUUUGCGUUGUGCCAUGUGUCCAUUUGAACGUCUAUAUUUAGUUGUUGUCAUGUGUCGUGCAGCGGGUCAGCUGGGAUCCUGCAGCAGGACACGCCUCUGGGCUGAAUGGAGCACGCGCCGUGCGUAAAGUCCGACCUGCAGCGGAUCCAAACUUUUAUUUUGGACCUAAUUUCACGGUUUUUAAGAAGUAUCUAAUCGACAUUAUUGAGUUGUUUCUAUUCGAUUAAAUGCAGCGAUGACGCGGGAGGAAGAUCUCAUUCGGAUUGCAAAAAAACUGGACAAGAUGGUGUCUCGGAAUAACACGGAGGGCGCCAUGGACCUGCUGAGAGAACUGAAAGGUUUCAAUAUGACACUCAAACUUCUCCAGGAAACAAGGAUCGGUAUGUCUGUGAACGGCAUCAGGAAGCACUGCACGGACGAGGAAGUCAUUGCCUUGGCAAAAGUCCUCAUUAAAGACUGGAAAAGACUUCUGGACUCUGAGAAACCAUCUGAAAUGAAGAAUGGAUUGGACCCAGCGGUGUCUCCAAACAGCUCCCCCUCUGAGACACACAGCAGUCACAGGAGACUGGACAUUAAACCGAAACAUGACUCAGAUCCUGACAAAAACCACCCCAAUAAAAACAGAAAAGAAAAACAUAAUGACGAUCACAAAACCAAAAAGAGACACACCGAUGAUGCCAGCGAUGAAAAGCACCCGGAGGAGCCCCAAAAUGAGAAACAUCCCCAAGAAAUCAGAAAGAAGAAGCAUUUAGAAGAGCCCAAAAAACAAAGACAUGCAGAGGAUGCCCAGCACGAAAUGGAUAACAAGAAACAGAAGCAUGUGCAAGACCUGCAGAGUGAGAAACACAAGCCAGAACCGAAAAAAGAAAGGCUGUUAGGAGAACCAAAGAAGAUGAGACACGUAGAAGAUGUCAAAAAGGAAAAACACCCAGAGGAGCCCAAGAAGCACAGCUACACCGAUGACAUGAAGAAGGAGAGACACAGAGAAGAAAGCAGAUAUGAGAUGCCGAUAAACUCACCGCAUCGAGAAAGACCGCCGACUGAACUUCAGAGAGAGAAACCUGCAGAUUACAAACCACUGUUUGAAAGGAGAGGAGUGUUGGACAGCAGUAUUCUGUAUCCCUCCCGGUUCCCCUCUCCUCCUCGACCUGUUCGGCCUCCUCUCCCGAUCAAACGCCCCUCUGUGGACCUGAAAAAAGACAGGAAGGACAGUAAAGACUCCCGACAUCCUCGUCCUCACGCUCCUCGACCCUCCUCUCCGCCAGCUAAGCGACCUUCACUGGAAGUAAAGAAAGAGAGGAAAGUUCCACCAGAACCAAACACUCCUCUGAUUACUCCUCCUUACCUCCUUCCUCCUCCACCCAGAAAGGAGCCUCCUGAUCCCAACGCUCCUCUUCCUCCACUUCCUCUUCACCUCCACCCCCCACCUCCACCCCCGAAGCGUCCCUUACUGGAAGGAAAAAAGGAGAGGAAGGAGUCGUCAGACUCUAAACCUCCACAGAAGAAGACGUCAGGAGAUCACGUGAAGAAAGACAGGAAAGACUCAUCGGAUAGCAAAGUGCCUAAAAAACACUCCGAUGAAGCCAAGAGAGAAAGGAAAGAUUCAUCUGACUCUAAAGCGUCACCUCCCAAAAAGCCCAGUGUGGAUGUCAAAAAAGAGAAACACAGGAAGGACUCCUCAGACUCCAAGCCUGGCCAGCCUGUGAAACGUCAGUCAACUGACUCCAAACCUGACAGGCGGGAAUCCACUGAUUCAAAGAAAAGUAGCUCACCACCAGCAAAGAAGCUAACAGGCGAAAGAAGAGAGUCUCACGGCUCCAAGGCUUCUCAGCCUGGACCAACACAGAGGAAGCCCUCGACUGACAGCAUGGAAAGGAAGGGCAAAAUUGAUACUCCUAAAACUCCCACCACCCCGACCAGCCCCAUGUCACCCAGCUUCAGUUCUGCCGGGGGUCCGCUGCCCCCUCACCUCACUACUGGAGACUCUGUCAGAGACAAGUGCAUUGAGAUGCUGGCGGCUGCUCUGCGCACAGACAACGAUUUCAAGGAUUUUGGAACUAAUUGUGAAAGCAUGGCUGCAGAGAUCGAAGAUCAUAUCUAUCAGGAGAUAAAGGCCACUGAUAUGAAAUAUAAAAACCGAGUCCGCAGCCGCAUCAGCAACCUGAAGGACCCAAAGAACCCUGGGCUUCGCAGAAACGUACUCGCAGGAAGCAUUGACUUGGGCCGCAUCGCCAGCAUGUCUGCUGAGGAGAUGGCCAGCGAUGAGCUGAAACAGCUGAGGAACGUUCUCACACAGGAGGCCAUCAGGGAGCACCAAAUGGCCAAAACUGGUGGCACCACCACCGACCUGCUGCAGUGCGGCAAGUGCAAGAAGAAGAACUGCACCUACAACCAGGUGCAGACACGCAGUGCUGAUGAGCCAAUGACCACAUUUGUUCUGUGUAAUGAGUGUGGAAACCGCUGGAAGUUCUGCUGAUGCCUUCUGGAUGAAACCACGUUUUUUUUCUGAGCAUAUUGAACUGCAUUAUUUUCUAUAAUGGGAGGGGAGGGAGUUUAUAAAUUAUUGCAGCUAGUGAUUCAAACAGAUUAAAGUGUUACAAUUUUUACUUGAAAUUUUGAGAUUUCUAAGCAUGUGCUAAUAUAAUAAUAAUAAUCAGGGUUUGCUUUCCGUGGAAUUGAAGACUGAGCAUGAACGUCAGUUUGAUGACUGUUAACACAUCGGUAAUGAUAAUGGUGCUGUCAUGAUGGAACGACCAGUUAAUAUGCGGUGUCAUAUUAGAGCUGUUCACUUUGUAUAUAUAUCUAAUAAAACGGCAUAAAUAAUCUGUAUGAUGGCUUUUUAAACUCACGUUUAAUAAAAAACUUUGACAAUCAGUCUCA